CGCACGCGGGCUCCCCCGGGCGUCUGUCUCUGAUGUCCGGCGCUGCCCCCGCCCUCCUCCACCACCACGGGGCUUCAGUCAGAGCAACACUACCUGUUUAUCAUGUGGAUUGCAGAUUCCCUCCAGGAUCUUGUUUCCUGAGUAAAUCGCCUAUCUUGGGCCCAUAUACUGUGUCUCUGGCUUGUGGUGCUAGCCCUAAUAACCAUAGACCAAGGAACCCGGAUAUCUCACGACAACAAAAGAGGGGUUCUGCAAGGGGGAAAAGCAAGCCAUAUCAAGAAAGGGACGACACUGAGAACAACGAUGAGUUUGACAGUGAUACAGCGUUCUCCAAAAACGGACCACCUAUCUCUUUGACAAGCAGCUCACGUCCCCAGGCAACAUCAGUUCCAGGGGAAAGGGAGAAGGAGAUUGUAGAGCUGUUUAAAAGGGUUCAAACACAACUCCGUGCGAGGGGAAAAGGCAGGGAGGACAAGAAGCCUGAACCUACGAAAUCUCAGGGUGAGAGGGGCAGCGUCGACUCUCUUCUCAAUUUGCUCAGGAAACACUCCGUGGACCAAAGACGGAAGACCAGUGAUGAGAAAGAGCAGAGUUUCGACCAAACAUGGAGAAACAACGAUUCUGGAAACAAGCAGAGUUCAAGGAUCUUUGGCACGAAAAACGAUGCUCCGGAAGUGCAGAAGCCACCUCCUGCAACCUUCCAGAGACCACCUUCAAGUUUCAGGCGAAGAUCUCCUGUUCCUGGGGUUAAGUUCCAGCUUGUUACUAAUCCAGACACAGAUGCAGGUGCUGGAGCCAAGUCUAUCGUCAAUGGCAAGGCUGAUGCUGUACUGAAGGCCAAGACACCACCAGUGGUGGAGGAGGAGGAGACUGCUCCCGAUGGACCUGAUUCAUCAGUACCUCUGUACGAACCCGAUUCAGUAAUGGAAGAACCAGAAGAUGCAUCUUUGGACGACUUUGAUGUUUCAGAUGAUGAAUCAGAUCCACUGGAUACCGAUGAGCUGCUAGCUGAUGAGCCCAACGAGUAUGUGGAGCAUUUGGAGAUCUCUGAUGUUACAGACAGCAUCGCAUCUCAGGAUGACAGUCUGGAAACUUCCCCUGCAGAAGUUUCUGAUCUAAGCUCGCUGAAGGUCACAGAGCUGAGAGAGCUGGCGAAAUCCCGAGGACUCAGAGGUUAUUCAAAGAUGAAGAAAAGUGAGCUGGUUUCCGUACUGAGCGACACUGCCUGAUCGAUUGGCAUAGCCUCCUGCUCGAGCCCACAGUUUUUGCUUCCCUCUGCCAUGGCCAUGUGCACAACCUCUCCAUAUUCCUAUUUUGUCAAGGCCAGACCCUCUUAGAUAGAAAUGCUGUAAAUGAGCACGGUUAACUCCUUUUUUGUUUUGUUUAUUGCUGAUCUCCUGCUGCCUCAGCCUGCCACCCUAGUUUUAUUUUUUAGUUAAUUAGCUGAACUCUGUUAGAGUUAAUUAAGCUGUAAGCCAACUGGGAGAUAUUGUUUCUGUUUUGUACUUGUACUACUGCUGUUCUAGUUAAAUCCUUGCUUCUUCCCCACAGACC